GAGAUUUUAGAUUAAGUAGCCGGCGUUUCUGUCUGUGCGUCGUAAUGAAAGCGUGAUUGUAAAUAACACAAGAUGCCGAAAUAUUAUUGUGACUACUGUGAUACCUACCUCACACAUGAUUCUCCCUCUGUAAGAAAAACACAUUGCAGUGGCAGAAAGCACAAAGAAAAUGUCAGAUUAUAUUAUCAAAAAUGGUUAGAAGAACAAGUUCAAAAGCUGGUGGACGACACAACUGCUGCAUUCAAACAGGGUGCAAAAACACCUAGUGGGCCCCCUACAGGGCCUCCUGCAGGCCCCCCUGGUGGGCCUCCCAUGCCAGGUCCACCUCAAGGGCCUAUGGGGCCUGGUGGGCCUAUGCCAAUGAUGGGGCCUGGUGGACCUAUGAUGCCUAUGAUGGGGAUGCGUCCCCCAAUGGGCCCACCUAUGAUGAUGAUGGGACAAAUGGGACCCCCGGGACCACCCAUGAGAAUGAUGGGACCACCCAGGAAAUAACAUCGGACCUAUUCGGAUGUUUAGGAAGAAUAUUGCUUUAAAUUGCCCUCUCAGUUAGGGAAAUAAUUGGCAGGAGAAAGAUGGAACAUUUCACUGAGAAGUCUUUCUUUGGGUGCCAAGGAUUGGGUUAACAUUUGUCGGGAGCAUUGUGACAGAUUUUAGUCUUGAUCCAGAGUGUGGAGGGGAUUCACCUCCAACUGUGGCUGAAUUGUAAAAAUGGGCCUUGAUUGUCUUUAUCAGUCAAAGAACAUUCAGGUUAAUUGAGGAACUUACAUGUUUGUGCUAGCCCUGACUACCAGAGAGAGCUUUAGAACAGUAACAAUGCUUUUAAAUGUCAGUUAGGAUUUAUUUAAAGAUGCCUCUGAAUGUUUUUAACAGACAAAUCGAGGGUGAGAUAUUGAUUUCAGCUAUGAGAUAAUUGUAAUAAAAUACUGAAACACUGAUA